AGGGAAGCGAGAGGGGAAGCGAGGGAGCGGGGAGCUGCGCGUGGGGCAGCUGCGGGCAUUUGGCCGCCGAGCACCGGGCGGGCGACACGGGAAGGGGUCGUUGGGAAGAGCGCGGGGGGCUCCGGGUGAAGCUGCGGGCGGUGGCGGUGCCGCGGGCGGUGCCGUCGGGGCGGCCGUCGGCGCGGCCAUGGGCGGAGUGCGGGCAGCGCUGCGGGCUCUUCUGUCGCUGGCCGCGGGGCUGCUGGCGUGCGGAGGGGCCAGCGAGUACGACUACGUGAGCUACCAGUCCGACCUGGGCCCCUACCCUGGGGGGCGCUUCUACACCAAACCCCACCAGUGCGUGGCCAUCCCCGCCGACCUGCGGCUCUGUCACAGCGUGGGCUAUGAUAAAAUGGUGUUGCCCAACCUGCUGGACCACGAGACCAUGGCCGAGGUGAAGCACCAGGCGAGCAGCUGGGUGCCGCUGCUCAACAAGAACUGCCACAUGGGCACCCAGGUCUUCCUCUGCUCCCUCUUUGCCCCCGUCUGCCUGGACCGCCCCAUCUACCCGUGCCGCUCGCUCUGCGAGGCUGUGCGUGACUCCUGCGAGCCCGUCAUGCAGUUCUUUGGCUUCUUCUGGCCGGAGAUGCUCAAGUGUGACCAGUUCCCCCAGGAUGAUGUCUGCAUUGCCAUGUCAGCUCCCAAUGCCACCGAAGUCUCCAGGCCUAAAGGAACCACUGUGUGUCCCCCAUGUGACAACGAGAUGAAGUCAGAGGCCAUCGUUGAGCACCUGUGUGCCAGUGAAUUUGCUCUUAAGAUGACCAUCAAGGAAGUGAAAAAGGAGAAUGGGGACAAAGUGAUCAUUCCACGGAAGAGGAAAGCGCUGAAGCUGGGGCCCAUCCGCAAGAAGAACCUGAAGAAGUUGGUGCUGCUCCUGAAGAACGGGGCUGACUGCCCCUGCCACCAGCUGGACAACCUUGGCCAUCACUUCCUCAUCAUGGGCCGCCAGGUGAAGACCCAACACCUUCUGACAGCCAUCUACAAGUGGGACAAGAAGAACAAAGAGUUCAAGAAGUUCAUGAAGAAGGUGAAAGCUCCGGACUGCCCCACGUUCCCAUCCGUCUUCAAGUGACCCCCAUAGGGGCCAAACUCCUCCCUUUCCUCCUCAUCCUCGGAGCUCCCCACAGCCCCACCUCCUGCCCCCUGCCAGCAUUUCCCAGAGUGAGCACUGAGCAGAGCCCGAGGUCCCGGACCACAUACAUCUGCAGUAGCCAAAGACCCAUUGCUAGGAGCUGAUGGAAAUAGCAACGGUCAGAUGCAGAGGGGUGUGAGACCACAUGAUUUUGGACCUGAUCCUUGUGACCACCGAUGUUCAUGGCUGUAGGAGCACUCGAGUUAAUUCCUACAGGACCCAAGCCAGCCUAUUGGAAAAGUAUUCUGUCCUGACAAUACAAGUUAAUAAAUAAGUGCAGCAGUAUCCAUCAGACCCCUGAUAAAGCCUCCUAGUAGCUAAUUGCCCUCCUGGUAAAUACAAACCAACCAAUAUUCCAGCUUGAGUGCCUUUGGAUUGAGCCUCAGCCCUGGGACCUGACGGUGCCUUGGUCUGCUGGGUCUCAUUCCCAACCACUGCAUGAUCCCAUUCACCAGGCUGUGUCCCUCAGCGAGGCGAUGCUCGCUGGCUCAUGUCAUUGCUUGCUUUACCACCAAUAUUUCAUUUUCCUUCAGGCCAUCAGCAGAAUAUUGCACUGCAGAAGGACAAGGAGUGGUCCCUGCAAAGUACCACAGGACUGCGUCAUCUCGGUGCUCCUUUUCCUGCAGUUGCUGUGGGACUGAUUGGUGUCUGGGUUUUGCUGAGUGACAGCUUGGCUUUGUAUCGUUCUGUGUUGGUUUUUUAUCCUGUAAUCAAAAUGUCACGUUAGUGUGAGGUUGAGUCGUUUUAUGAAAGGCAAUGAAUACUACAUCCAAAUGAUUACACUUAUUGACCAGGCUGAAAUUCAUUAUUCUUUUAAUUGGAGUGUCCUUUUCUCCACAGUCCCAUAUUGCUCUGCAUUAAUUACACCGUCCUGCUUCUAUUCAUCAUCCUCAUAAAUCACGAUUGCUCCUAAGAGAAUGGCCAUCUUAAAACUUGAAAUAACCCUGUAGCUUUGCAGUUAACUCUGCUCAGACCUGGUGAAUGAAUCGUUCUCUGGCUCGGGAGUGCUGUGUGUUUCUUUCAUGACUGAACCAUGGACUUUAUUGUAGAUAAAUACAGUAAAUAUGCUGAGCACCCUGAUGAAUGCUGCUUCAGAACUAGCAGAGAGAUGGAUUUAGGAUGUGAACUCUGUAGAAAAUCCCACUAAGUGUCUUAGACCACCGUGUGUAUUAGCAUUGUUACUAUGAUGCAAAGUUAAUCGUUGUAGAUAAUGUACUUUAUCAGUGAAUUAAAAAGAAAAAAAAGCAAAACCACAAUAAGAACCAUCCUUAAGCUUUAGAGGCAGCUCAGAGCUGCCGAGCUGAGCUGUGUGUGGUGUUUCAAGCACAGUGCAUUGGACAUCUCUAUAUACCUGGAUGGUCACUGUACCACCCUGCUACCAAAGGGCUGAAUCUGGCAGCAGUUCUGUGCAGAUGGAGCAGGCAGAGCCCCUGUGCACCAUUGCUUCCCUUGUGCUCUCUUUGUAUGUGGAGGUUUUUAAUAAAAAGAAAAAAAAAAUAACAGCACUAGAAGAGAUACGUUUGAUGUAACAUCGUGUUGUAGACAAGAUAUAUUUACGUUUUGUUUUAAUGUAAUUUUAGAUCAUUAAUUUAGAACGCGUGUGGCAGCCCCAGACUGGAGCUGCAGCUGCUGUCUCCUUGUGCUCUUACCCCCCACCCUAUGGGGGUCCCUGGGGUGGAGCAACACUGGGGCUACAGUCCAGGCCCACGGUGCCAAGGCUGAGGUUGCAGAGUCAGAUCAGCAUCCGCUUCUGUUGUGUGGGUGGAAGCCUCAGAUGUGGUGAAGGUGUUCAGCACUGCAGUGAGCUCAUGGUAGAUGAUUUCAGCGGUUGGUUUCGAUGUUAACAGCUUGCAUUUAUUUUCUGUUCUUUAUGCUUUGUCUUUUAUAUAUCAAUCGUCUCUUAACCAGAACUGCUAAAUUAACCCACAACAAUAUGAUUCCCCCUCCCUGUUUUGAUAGAGACACUGUUUUCUGUCCUUUGUUGGUGCUGUCAGAGGUGGCUGCAGAGCAAUGCAGUGCGAUGCAAUGGGACGUGAUGCAAUGCUGGGGAUGUCUGGGCUGGGUGUGCUGCAGCUUUUUGGACAAGAGGAGGGGGAUGCUUCUCACAGCCAAACCUAACACUCCCCAGUGGUGCAUCCCUGCUGUAAGAACACAGAAACUGUCUUGCAGUGCAGCCCCAUGCACGCUGCAAAGAGGUCUUGGGGUGCGAGAGCCACAUGGGGGUCAUGCAGGGCACAGUGGGCUCCAAGGAUUCCAACUGUGUUAUUGUGAGGCUCGAGGGGAGCAGCCCAAGCUACACAUCAAGUAGCUUUUGAAGGACAAAUGCUCCCAGUGUAAUUGUGAUGGAGAGCGUAGAAGUGCAUGAAGAGCACACGUUGUGUGAGUGCUCUGGAGCAGGCACUACCCAGAGUCUGUGCUGCUGUGGGAACCUCUCAUGUGAGCACAAUGCAUUGCAGCAGAGCACUGCUUACUUUUCUCAUAGACUAUUUUGACAAAGAAAUCUGUACUUGAUUGUUUUGCUUUGUUUAAAACUUGUGGUUGAUAUAAACACGUUAUGGCUUCUGUUCUCUCUCUUCUGUGAUUGGAGCAAGAAAACCUCUCAAUAAAAUGUGUUUUUUGUUUUUGUUUUUU